AUGGCAGCGGCCGAUGCUAAAGAAGACUACAUCCAGCAGCGAUUGAACAAGGUUCUUGAGGCGCACAUCGAAACGGAUCGUGAAACGCUCGACGCACUCUCGGAUCUGUCGUCGUUCUUCAAGGACAACACGCUCCAGUCACGCCGCAACUUACGGAGCCAGAUCGAAAAGCGCAGUCUGGAAAUAAAUCAGCGCUUUUUGGGUGCAUUUCGCGAAGUGAAGGAAUUGCUGGACGGAAUUUGCGAUGACAUAAACGGAAUGAGCCAGUCGGUCGAGGGCAUGAAGUCACAGCUGCGCAGCACCGAGGCCCAAACGAAGGAUCUCAUACAGCAGGCCAACACGUUGCAGGAGGAAAAUGGCAAACUGCAGGUGCAGCAAAAGAUUGCCAACGGUUUCCUGUCCCGCUUUCAGGUGUCUGUGGCGGAGCACCAGAUGCUGUACGGAGCGAAGCGGGACGCACCGAUAACGGCAGAGUUUUUCCAAGUGCUGGACCGUGUGCAAAGCAUUCAUGCCGAUUGCCGCACGCUAAUGCAGAGCGGUUACCAAACGGUGGCGUUGGACAUAAUGGAAGAGAUGACACUGCACCAGGAAGCGGCCCUGGAACGGUUGUAUCGCUGGACGCAAUCGCACUGCCGAAACGUUGAUUCCAACGAGAUGGGUGUGCUGAUUAUCGAGGCCAUGGCACGGCUGCAGGAUCGGCCGGUGCUGUUUAAAUACGUGAUCGAUGAGUAUUCCACCGCGCGGCGGUCCGUUGUGGUGCGCAGCUUCAUCGACGCACUGACGAUCGGUGGCUCCGGUGGUAAUGCGCGACCGAUCGAAAUGCUGGCCCACGACCCGAAGCGCUACAUCGGGGACAUGUUUGCCUACAUCCAUCAGAUUCUUCCCCCCGAAAAGGAAAGCUUGCAGAUGUUGGUUCGAAACUGCGACAAGGAAGACAUAACGGAGCAGGUUCAGUCGGCGAUGGUUAACAUCUCCGAUGGGGUGUGCCAUCCACUGCGGGUGCGCGUCGAGACGAUACUGAACGCGGAAAAGGACACCAUCAUACUGUACUCCAUCUUCAAUCUGAUCAAGUUCUACCAAAACAUGAUCAACAGCAUCGUGAAAGGCGGCCAGCUCGAACAGUGCAUGGCCGAUAUGCAGCUAUUCUCCGAGACCACGUACUUGAACUCCCUCGCAUUCCAGGUGAAGCACCUGCUGCAGGGUCCGAACGAGAACCGGAUCGGUCUCGAACCACCACAAACGGACCUGGUACCGUCACCGAGCGUGGGCCGGCUGCUAAACCUCCUCAAAGAGAUCCUUUCGGUGGCCAGUAUGGUGGCGGGCAGUCAGACGGAUAUAGUAAAAAUUGUUGGCUGCGUUAUCGAUCCGCUGCUUCAAUCGGUCCAAGAAUCGGCGUCCCAUUUACCGACCACGGACAUGGCAGUUUACUUGCUCAACUCCUUGUACCAAAUCGAGAGCGUCAUCUCGAUCUACGAAUACAUGGAGGAACGGCUCGAAAGGCUGCGGGCCCAAUCGGAUGCCCAGAUUGACACGCUAACGUCCGAGCAGGCCUCAUCGCUCGUGGCGAACCUCAACCUCGGUCCCAUCUACACCGUUUUGCAGGGCAAUGCGACCCAAAUUGACCAGCGGCAUUUGCAGACCUUCGUGAUCAAACUGGAGCAGUUCCUGCAAACACCGGAGAUACUACUGCUGACCCAGGUGAAUCUACUUCUGAGCAGCGGACACCGGGCGACGGUGCAGAAACGAUCGUUCAACGUGAUCAUCGCCAUUUACCGGCAAAUCUACGAUCGCAUCAACGAUCCCACUAACGGUUACACCAACCCGGAAACGAUCCUUUCGAAAACCCCGGAACAGGUGGCCGAACUGCUGUGUGGAUAAGUUAUUAGUUGAAUAAAUUAAGCAAAGUUA